CAGCAAGAAGAGAGAGAAAAAAAUAGAAACAGUAAACAGUGUGUGUAAGAAAAAAAAAAGAAAAAAGAAAUAGAAAGAGCUGAAAAAGAGGCAAAAGGAGAGAGGUCUUGUCGGCUUCAACCAAACACGACCUUAUCGAUCCCCAUUCCAUUUCCACUCGUUUUUCUCGAUCUCUGUCUCUCUCUCUGAGUCCGAAACUGAAACCCUAAAACUCCGAUUCUCUCGGCGCUCGCUAUUAGAAUUGUACGAACCGGACGAUAAUCACACAAUCUUUCUCUCUCUCAGGGUUUUAUAGAUAUAGUACUGCUGCUUGGCUGAAGAAUUCUGGUUUGUAAUGGCAUUUUCGGCGUCGAAUCAUUCCUCCAAUGCUUCCCGUGCAGGGGUUCCCAAUGAUGCUUUAUACAAGGAAUUAUGGCAUGCCUGUGCUGGUCCCCUUGUCAAUCUUCCUCGUGAAGGGGAGCGAGUUUAUUACUUUCCACAAGGUCAUAUGGAACAGCUAGAAGCAUCUAUGCAUCAGGGGUCAGAGCAGCAAAUGCCUUCAUUUAACCUGCCAUCCAAAAUUCUUUGUAAAGUUGUUAAUGUCCAUCUUCGGGCUGAAGCUGAGACAGAUGAAGUCUAUGCCCAAAUCACUUUGUUACCAGAUUCGGAUCAAAGUGAGGUUACAAGCCCAGAUCCUCCAAUUUCUGAUCCUCCAAGGUGCACAGUCCACUCAUUUUGCAAGACGCUUACUGCUUCUGACACGAGCACCCAUGGUGGAUUCUCUGUUCUUCGUAGGCAUGCUGAUGAUUGUCUGCCACCGCUAGAUAUGUCCCAGCAGCCACCAUGGCAGGAAUUGGUCGCAACUGAUUUGCAUGGAAAUGAAUGGCAUUUUCGGCACAUUUUCCGAGGGCAACCAAGGCGCCACUUGCUGACAACUGGAUGGAGUGUCUUUGUUAGUUCCAAAAAAUUAGUGGCUGGUGAUGCAUUUAUAUUUCUGAGAGGUGAAAAUGGGGAGCUGCGUGUUGGAGUAAGGAGACUCAUGAGACAACUAAGCAACAUGCCAUCUUCUGUUAUAUCUAGUCACAGCAUGCAUCUUGGGGUUCUAGCCACUGCAUCUCAUGCCAUUGCAACUAAAACACUCUUCUCUGUGUUCUACAAGCCAAGAACAAGUCGAUCAGAGUUUAUUGUAAGUGUGAACAAGUACCUUGAAGCUCGGAGCCAUAAGCUAUCUGUUGGGAUGAGGUUUAGAAUGAGAUUUGAGGGUGAGGAAGUUCCUGAAAGAAGGUUCAGUGGCACAAUUGUUGGUGUUGAAGACAAUAAAUCAUCUGGAUGGACUGAUUCUGAGUGGCGAUCACUAAAGGUUCAGUGGGAUGAGCAUUCAUCAAUUGUGCGUCCAGAUAGAGUUUCACCAUGGGAAUUGGAGCCACUUGUGGCAAACUCUCCACCAAGCUCGCAACCCACACCACGGAGCAAGCGGGCACGGCCUGCUGUUUUACCUUCACAAACACCAGAUUUUCCUGUACUUGGUGUGUGGAAAUCCCCAGUUGAGCCCUCUGCUUUCUCAUAUUGUGAGCCACAACGUGGGCGAGACUUCUAUCCAUCACCAAAGUUCAGCUCUGCUGCAAAAGGAAACUCUUUCAGCUUUAGUGGUAACAACUCUUUGCCUGCUGUUUCCAGCAACUCGGCAUAUUGGUCUAAUAGAGGGGAAGCUGUAACAGAGUCUUUUUCACCGGUUGUUAACAAAGAAUCAGGUGAAAAGAGACAGGGAAAUGGGAAUGGCUGCAGGCUCUUUGGGAUUCAGCUACUGGACAAUUCCAAUGUAGAGGAAACUUCUCAGGUGGUUAUGUCCAGAGCAGUCGGGGAUGAACAGCCAGUUCCAUAUUUAGAUGCGGAUUCUGACCAGCAUUCUGAACCAAAUCGAUCUGAUGUUCCUUCUGUUAGUUGUGAUGCUGAGAAAUCGUGUUUGAGAUCUCCUCAGGAGUCACAAAGCAGGCAAAUUCGGAGUUGCACUAAGGUCCACAUGCAAGGGAUUGCUGUUGGGAGGGCUGUUGAUUUGACGCGGUUUGACCAGUAUGAGGAUCUGCUCAGGAAACUGGAGGAGAUGUUUGACAUUGAAGGCGAGCUUUGUGGAUCUACAAAGAAGUGGCAGGUUGUAUACACCGAUGAUGAAGAUGAUGUGAUGUUGGUUGGGGAUGACCCAUGGCAUGAGUUCUGCAGCAUAGUAAGGAAGAUUUUCAUCUACACAACAGAGGAAGUCAGGAGGUUGUCGCCAAAGAUAAAACUUCCAGUACCUUCGGAGGCCAAAUCAGGUAUGCCAGAUUCUGAAGUGGCUGUAAUUAUUGAAGACCAUUCAUCAGUUGUUGGAUCUGGGUGCUGAAGUACCCAUGUCUGGUUUCGCCUGAAACCUAGUUUAGCUAAACCAUGAACGCUGAAAAGAAACCAGAAAAGCAAGUUACGAGGUAAAGAGAUGCUUUGACUGGUAAGGUUUUGUGUAUAGUUUUACACGGGUGUUGCUCUACAACAAAAACAUAUUUCGAGUGGAAUGGCCAGUACAGUUUCUUGACAUGCUGCAUCAAGGACAAAUGGAAUAAUACGUGGAGGGCAGUUCUUGGAUGCACAUGCCAUCUGGACAGUGUGACUAGCUUUAGGGUUUGGGUGUUUUGGUUAUUAUUUAAAUUUAAGGUUUAGUUUUGCCAAAAGAAUUGCUUGUUCAGACUUCGGAUAGGCGACAAGUUUGUCAGCCUCAGAAUGGAAAGGAUUUGCUUCUUAAAAUA